AUGGUUGAGGACGUGAAAGAGUCUGCAAAAGUUGGACUACAAGCAGUCCAUAAUCAAACAGAGGCUGAAUCCGACAUGCUUGAGGAUAGCAAUCUUAUUGAACAUGAUCCAGCUAGAAGACCGGCAACGUUAACAAGAAACCAAACAAAGUACCUAAUCCAUCUUGGACCAUAUCAACCAAAACUAUCUAUUUAUCCACGUAAUCUUGAACUAACCAAGAAGGGAAAGCAGAGCUCAUUUUCUCAAUCAUGGUUCGAUGAUUACCCUUACUUAGAGUACAGUAUUUUAGCAAACAAGGCUUACUGCUUCGUGUGUAGUAUAUUUGGAAAAGAAGGCGAUCAGAGAGAAAGAUCAGAGAAAGCGUGGAUAGAAGGUAUCGAUGAUUGGUCUAAGAUGAAAGGCAGUCGAGGCAAAAACAAACCAGGGAAACUACAAACCCACUUUAGCUGUGACGCUCACACUGCCGCAAUUCAUGACUAUGCUAUUUUUGUCCGAGAGGGUAACCAUAUCGAUGAAUUAUUGUCAAAACAGCAGCGAAGAAGUAUUAUCGACGACGAAAGCGAAAAAGCGAAGAAUAGAGAGGUUAUCGAAAUGCUUAUUGAUGUGACUAAAACACUGACAAGAAAUGGAAUAGCCCUUCGCGGAAACGACUCUGAUGAAGACGGAAACUUCCGGCAGAUCGUCUACCUUCUUUCACGACAUAAUCCUGUAAUGAAAGCGUGGUUAGAAAACCGUUCGAUGCGCAAGUACCACACAACGUAUCUCAGUCCACAAAGUCAGAACGAGUUUAUUAGUCUUCUGGGUGAUGAAGUAAGAAGUCAAAUAAGCUCUUGCGUAAAAGAUGCUGGUUUCUGUUCGGUCAUGGCAGACACUACACCCGAUGUUAGUCACAGUGAUGAGCUAUCUGUUGCUGUCCGCUACGUUGAUGUAGACUCUUGCUUGCCAAAAGAACGAUUGGUGAGGGUGGUAGAGACUAAAGACAAGACUGGAGCUGGACAAGCCGAGGACAUUGUGAAGUGUCUGGAGCUAUCGCACAUACCACUGUCAACUGCUAUGUUUCAAACCUACGACUCAACUGCCAGUAUGUCAGGAAGAUUCAAUGGCGCGCAACAGAAGCUGAGUGAGAUGUUGGAGAGAAAGAUUCCUUACACGAAGUGCACUCCACAUGGUGUUAACCUCGUGGUAGAGCACGGUUGCUCAGCAUCACCAUUAAUUGGUAAAGUAUUUGCGGUUCUGGCGAAGAUUUUUGUCUUCUUCACUGAUAGUCCAAAAAGGAAUCAACAUCUGAAGGAGAAAUCUGAGGAAGUUGGAAAUUACCUGCAGCUGCGAAACCUUUCCAAAACAAGAUGGACAGCCCGGCCCGAAUCUGUGGAAGCCGUUUGGAGAGGUCUAGAGGCUAUUUUAUCAGCUCUCGACGCAAUUACGAAAACUGGCGACCCAGACUCAAAGACAAAAGCAGCAGGACUGAUUAAUAUGAUUCUUAACAUCGACUUCAUUUGUGGAAUAAUGUUCUUAAAAAAUGUAAUGUACAAGACGAAAUCACUUGCCGACUAUCUUCAAGGAGAGACAGUUGAUAUUGCUAGCGCGCUUAUUGCAAUGGAGUCAACACAUGAUUGUCUGCGGAGAAUCCGAAUGGCUGACAAAGAAAUCGACGACCAAAUACUAGCUGCAAUUGAAGUGGCCAGAAAUCUCGGAGCUGACCCGAUUGCUGAUUUCUCAAGACUGCACAGAGUAAGGAGACCAUCCAGACGCCUUGAUGACCAACCAGAAACAACUGCAGUUGAGUUAACGAACGUAUCCACCUUUUAUCGCGCCGAAUUUUUCAAGUUCAUGGAUCAAAUGUGCACCACAUUAAUGGAGAAACAAAUUGGUCUUAAGGACACUUUUAAUCCGUUCCUAAAGGUAUUGCACCCAGAAACACCAGGAACAAUCCAGAACGUGCAAGAAUUAGUAGGUGCGUUCCCGUCUGCGUUCUCGCAGGAAUCAAGCUCAGCAUUACACAGCGAAUUGUCCAUUUUCUUUGAAUAUGCGCUGAAGGAACACAGACGAAUGGAAAAAGAACGUCAGUCACAAGGUCUUGAAGCAAAACCCAUGACAUGUACGAUCGCUGCGAACAUUGCUCUUAAGGUGGCCAAAAAGCAUGGUCUUUUCAAGUUGGUUUCAAAGCUUUAUAAACUAUUUCUGACAGCCGCCCCUGCCGUUGUGAAAAAUGAGAGAUCAUUCAGUUUAUUGAAGAUUGUAAAAGGUUAUUCACGCAAUAAAAUAUCUGGAGAACGUUUGAAUGAUUGCAUGAUCCUUGCCGCUGAAAAAGAUAUCACUGAUGUCGUCGAUGUAACUGCGAUCGCGAAAAAAUGGUCAAUCUUGAAAAACCGCCGACUGGCGAUUGCUUGA